ACCCGCCCUCCUCCGGCCGGACAGCCUUCGCCUGGGCCCGCGCGGGAGGAACGGGGCCUCUGAGGUGAGGGGAGCGGCGACCCCGCCGGCCCCGGUCUCUUUCCCUGGCAGAGGCGGCGGCGUCUUCCGUGGGACAAUAUGUUCAAGAGAAUGGCCGAAUUUGGGCCUGACUCCGGCGGGAGAGUGAAGGGAGUUACUAUUGUUAAACCAAUAGUUUAUGGGAAUGUUGCUCGAUACUUUGGAAAGAAAAGAGAGGAAGAUGGACAUACUCAUCAGUGGACAGUAUAUGUAAAACCAUAUAGGAAUGAGGAUAUGUCAGCAUAUGUGAAGAAAAUCCAGUUUAAAUUACAUGAAAGUUAUGGCAAUCCCUUAAGAGUUGUUACUAAGCCUCCAUAUGAAAUUACAGAAACAGGAUGGGGUGAAUUUGAAAUAAUCAUCAAAAUAUUUUUCAUUGACCCUAAUGAAAGACCUGUAACCCUGUAUCAUUUACUAAAGCUCUUUCAGUCAGACACCAAUGCAAUGCUGGGGAAAAAGACGGUGGUUUCUGAGUUUUAUGAUGAAAUGAUAUUUCAAGACCCAACAGCAAUGAUGCAACAAUUGUUAACAACAUCUCGUCAGCUUACUUUAGGAGCCUAUAAGCACGAGACAGAAUUUGCAGAACUUGAAGUGAAAACAAGAGAAAAAUUAGAAGCUGCCAAGAAAAAAACAAGCUUUGAAAUUGCGGAGCUUAAAGAGAGAUUAAAAGCAAGUCGUGAAACUAUAAAUUGUUUAAAAAAUGAAAUCAGGAAACUUGAAGAAGAUGAUCAGACAAAGGAGAUAUGAACAGUUCUCAAAAACUUAGUAAAAGUUAGACUGGAAAAAAGGUGGGCAUUAGUGGUAAAAUGGACAUAUAGUGCAAAUGGUGUUAUGUACUUUGAGGAACUGCAUACAUACAGAGUUGUUGACCAUGGAUAUCUCAGCAAUGAGCCAAAGUAUUUGUCCUAUUUAAGCCAUCUUCAAUGUGAAAUGUGUCAUAAGAAUUGAUACUGUGCAGGCGUUUCUCGGCCCAUUUUACGAUAAUCCUGUGAUGCUAAGCACAAUUUUGAAAAUUCAUUGUAUUAUAUUUUUAGAUUAUUAUUUUGGCAGGCAUAAAAAUUUUUGUACAGUGUAUAACUUUUGUACUUCUCCAGUAGCUGAAAUUGUUGUAUAUUUUUGUUCAAAUUAUUUUCUGUCCCCAUCCUGCCUGUUUUACAUCUGAUGUGCCCAAUAAGUGCGCAAUAAAUGUAGUUAAUGGGUCCCGUU